ACCGAGUGGCUGGUACUGAGCUGGGUUUUAUCACCGUCGCCGGAUUCCCUUCUCCAUUCUAAAAGAUUCAAGGCAUCUUCGUCUCUCUCUCUCUAAAUCUAUGCUUUCACGGGCAACAAAGCGACUACAGACCAUAAGCCCAUGCCUUUGGUCGGCGACGCACCAGCUGCGGUUCGUUCGAACCGAAGCUGGUCAGGGAAGGCGGCGUUCUAAGCCUCUGGCGUUCAACAAAAAGAAGACAGAUGAAAGUUCAGAGUGGUGGGUAGUCGAUGGAGAGAUGCAUGAGAUCGGUGAUAACGUGCCGCUGCGUGAGCGCUUCGUAAUCCCAAGAGACAACAUCCCCAACAGGCGUCGGAAGCAGCUUCGGGAACAGUUUAUGCGCCGCACUCGCCUUGUGCUCAAGGAAUCGGAGCACGAGCCUUGGAGCAAAAGGUAUAUGGAACUCUAUAAUGAGCUUAGAGAAAACUGGGAGAGGCUGUACUGGGAUGAGGGCUACUCUAAGAAACUUGCGCAAGAUCAUGCUAACUAUGAAUCUGCUGAGGAAGAUGAUCAAGAUUUUAACCCAUACAGGAGUAGGCGAUCCGCCAGUGAACCCAUGAAGGACCAGAGCUAUGGUAGAAACAGACAAGGUGAUAUGUGGGAAAAAGUCAGCCACAUUCGUGACAAAUUUGAAUCUGACAGAGAGAAAAGAAUGAAAGAAAAAGCAUUUGCGCCAAUGAAUGGUGGUGGGGAAUCAAUGGACUUGCAAGAUUCAAGGUUCCAGAACCGGGGUUUUGAUCCCAAGAGAUACUUUUCAGACUGAAAGGUACUUAAUGAAGAGAAUCCGGAGACUGGCUUCGAUCAUUGUCUCACUAUGAAGUUUCUGAGUUGUGCGGGACUAGCAUGAUACGCUCUUGUUCUCAGUAUUAUAUCCGACGAGGUUCUUGACAGGAUUCACCUAUUUGGAUUGGCAGACGAUAUUACAAGUUCAGUGUGGGUUCAGCUUAUGCUAUCUUGGUUGAGGAAAGGUUACAAAGUUUGUUAGAAGAAAGAGUUAUUUAUAGUCAGAUAAGAAUUGUGCCUUUGGUUUUGCAAAUGAGAACGGUUUACAGUCUUCUUUUUUUUUAAAGUAACAAAGCAAACGGUUGCUAAGAGGCAAUUUUUCGC